ACCGUUCUCUGCCCACACACGGUGGUCGAAUCAUAAGCCCAUUUGCGCAUCGGAUCUGCAACAGUGAACUUUUCUUUUGUUUUAGUUACCGCUACCACAUUUUCCUAGCAACAUGUUCCGAGUGUUUGUCAUUGCUGCCCUGGCCGCGGUCGCCGUCGCCCAGAACCCGGACGCGGACGCACAGGUCGUGAACUCCGACAGCGUCGUCAACCCGGACGGUUCGUACGCCUGGAACUACGAGACGAGCAACGGCAUCCGGGCGCAGGAGGAAGGCGUCGGGGGCCAGUCGGCGUCGGGUUCGGCCUCGUGGACCGACCGUGACGGUACGCCCAUCCAGCUGACGUACGUCGCCAACGAGGGUGGCUUCCAGCCGCAGGGUGCCCAUCUGCCGCGCGAAGGACCCGUCCCGGACCAUGUGCUCAAGACGCUCGAGUUCAUCCGUGCCAACCCGCCGAAGGACGACCCGAACUUCAACAUCCAAGCUCUGGAGGCCGAGAUUGCCCGGCUGCAGGCCCUGCAGUAAGCGGUGCAGCGUUUUCUUCCAUGGCGUUGCCAGUUCUUCAUCAGUCAUUUUGAAAAGGCGAGUGUCGUAGAGAGGGAUGGAGAGACGAUAGGACGAGAUUUGUUGAGGCAUUUUGCUGUGACCUGUGCACAUACUCAUACAGCAGAAGUGAAAUGAACACGACAGCAGCAAACACCCUUUUACCACCCUUUAGUGGAAGGGGGCAGAGGAAACUAACAGCUAGGGUAGAAGGAGCAUGAAAACCAGCCAGGAAGAGAAGAAAACACGAUACAAAUAGCAGAUCGAUUAGGAGGAAAACAGGAAGAACAGAAUCAUCAGGAGAAGGAGAAGGAUUAACUAAUUCCCCUUCUUUUCGUCAACACGCUACUUACUGCAAAGCUGUAAUACUUUUGUACAUAAUUUUGAUUAGUUCAUUUACAAACAUCUCAACGAAACGUAAACGUACUUUUCUGUUUCUUUUCUCUGUCUUAUCUGCCAAUGGAAUGCUGUUUUCAUGUUGUUGAAUGUUCCGCCAUCCAAUUCGUUCGCUUCCGAAUUACGUGAGCGUGCCAAGAAACCAAAAUUUAGCGUGCCCCUAAGAAUAUGCAACAACUCAAAGGGAUGUAGUAGCGUGUGAUCUGUCUGCAGCGAAAAACGUCAAGAGGCCAUAAAACGAUCGUACCGAAUUAAAGCUAUUUCCCAA